AUGCAAAUGAUUCAACAAAAUCUUGCUUAUAUCUUAGGAGGAACAUUACUUUUUCUUGUUUGUAGCUCCAAAAAUAUCUUAAUCUAUAAUGAAGAAUUACUUAUUGCCUUAAGUUUUCUUGCUUUUAUUGCUACAAGUGCACACACAAUGGGAGAUGCAAUCGCUGAAACCUUUCAAACACGUGCAGAUCAAAUUCAAACUGAAUUACAAGCUUUUUUUGUUGCCAAAGAAACAUUGUAUCAUGAAGUAAAACACCAGAUUCAAAUGCAACAAACAUUAGCACAAAGUAUGACCGCUUUAGGAACACUUGUUCAACAUCAGUUACAAGACUUACAUACACAACGUGCAAAAGCUCUCCAAAAUUCAGUACAAACACGUACAGUCACACAGUUACAACACAUGGUAUCACAACAAAAUGCAGUACAUGCACACUUGCAUAACGUAACUUCGCAAACAUACACACAUGUUAUGUUAGAAGCUAUACAACUCCAAAAACAACAUAUGCAAAAACUAUGUAUGGAAAAUGCAUUACAAUUACUUGGAACUAUGAAACGAAAAAAUGUAACACAGAAACAAAUAGACACAAAAAAAGUUGAAAGUACUCAAAAUACUGUAAAAAAAACAGGAAAUAAAACAAAGAAAAAAUAA